CUACCGUGUGUGCCUGUCUUCUCUCCUAGGAUAAAAAUCACGCUGCUCCAUUCUCUGGUUUCUUCCAGCCGCUCACCGCCGGUGAGAUCGCAGCCGUCGUUCUUAUCUUCUUGCGCCGCUCCUCUGUUGCCGCUUAAGCACUGGAUAAAAUCCUGCGCACCGAGGUUCUUCCUCAUGGCGCUCGGCCUCUUCCCAGCGCUACCGGCCAUCCCUCUGCUCGCCCUCGCUCCUCUGUUGGCUCAGACCGCACCCCCUUCUCGGCCCCAUCUCCAUGGCGUCCGGCCGGAUCUCCAGUGCCGCGCCGGCUUGGAGCUUCCAUGGCCGCAUCUCUUUUUCCCUGUGAUUUCAUGGCGUCCCUGCGUCGCAUAUUCCCUGAGCUCGUCGCCAUGGCUGCACCCAGCUGCUCCUCCAUGGCUCGUCUCUCCUUGGCACCCAGCCGAGCCCCUCCGCACGCCCAGAUGCCUGCUCGCUGCCAGCUCGCCCUGCUCUCUGUUUUCUCUCUCUGCCGCGCCCGCUGUUGGUUCGCUCUGCUCGCGGCCAGAGCUCCACUGCGUCGCGCCCAAGCUUCUGGCGUCUUCCUCCCCUGCGCAGAGUCUCAGCCUGCUUGUCGAGCCCAGCCGCCCUUCCCUUUGAUUCUCCCUCGCCCAUGGUCGAGUUCGCCCCAGCGCCGUGCUCUGCGCGCGACCGUUUCCUGUUCCCUGCGCGCGUCGAGCUCUCGUGCCGAGUCCCUCUGUUGCGUGCCCAGCCUCAAGUUCCUGUGCGCGCGCUCCACUGUUCCCUGGGUGAGUUCCUCGCUGCCACAGUUGUCUGGUGUUUGGCCCGCGUCGAUUCGCGUUCGCUCAUAUCGCCAUCGUCGUGUUGUCGCUGGUGAUAGCUUCGCGUGCGCGUCAAACUCCCGCGUCUAAGUCUUUUUCCUGCUCCCUUGUGCGCACUCUGCUUCCUCGCCGAGCUCGUCCCUGCGCGCCGAGGUCGCGCGCAGCUCUCCCAGCUCGCUCUGUCUGCGGGCCGUGCUCCCUUAUCGUGGUUUUCUGCUUCCUUGUGAUGCGCGCAGUGUUUCGUUGUCCCUCGUCGUGCCGAGUUCUCCUCUGCACGCAGUCGCGUCCUGUUUCCUGCUUGCCAGCGCGCCCUCUCGGCUCGCUCGGCCUUAAUCCCUAUCUCGUCGUCGAUCUCGCUGUGACUUAGUUCGUCUGUCGUGCUAGUCGCUAUCCGAUACUGUACCUAUUAGCUCGGAUCCUGCCCAGCUCGUCGUCGCGUCGUUUACCGUCGAGUCGUCAAACACGUCAUCCCCUGCUCGAACCCCACCUCACCAGCUUACUCUAGACUUCAAUCGAAGGUCGUCGUCGUUCGUGCAUCCCCAAGAGAUCCCAAGAAUCGGGUGAAGACGAAGUUAACAGCGCGAUAUUCCCCCAAGCGCUCGACAAAUUGUCUGGAUCGGAAAAUCGCUACUGAUCUCGCGGAUUCGUGAAAGCUGUUGAAAUGGUAAGCUAAUGAAUUGUUUAGAAUAGUUUGAACGUUAAAUAAAUUAAUGUGUUAUUGCGAUGCUCA